UUUGCCAAUUCCGUGGCGACUGCACCUUCUGCACUGGAGCCCUGACCUUGGGCAGACCCCAUGGGACAGCUGGCCUCCUGGCUAGGGUGCCUCUGGAUAAUCACCCUGUUACUUGCUGUGCCCACUCACUGUGUGCCAGGGCCACACUCUGGCUCUCUGGGUCACCUCCGUCAGGCGCACACCCAGCACCGGCAGCGACCCAAACCAGAUGGAGGAGCUCUCAGAGCAGUCCCAGCUGCUGCCCAGGACCCCCCCGCCCCCCGCCAACACCCUCAGUGAUGCCUCCUCGCCCUGUCUGGUUGGCCUGAUGCGGUGCCCUCAUCUCCGGUGCUCAGGGGCUCCUCUGAGUGCCGCCUCCAUGUCCAGGCCCCCAUGGCGGGCACAGCGACCGGGGGCGGUGAGCGUGCAGGAACACGUGGCUAUUGACUACGCAGGCCUCUCACUGCCGUGGCCUCUCCUGUUGCGGAGCACAGGCUCCGGACGCGCAGGCUCAGCGGCCAUGGCUCAUGGGCCCAGCCGCUCCGUGGCAUGUGGGAUCUUCCCGGACCGGGGCACGAACCCAUGUCCCCUGCAUCGGCAGGUGGACUCUCAACCACUGCACCACCAGGGAAGCCCCACGCUUCUUUUUGACACAGACAGUAGCACACUGCACUGCACAGCUCACCGUGCCAAGGGCCUUAAGCCACUGGCCUCGGACUCCGUGGACACCUAUGUCAAAGCCAACCUGCUGCCUGGGGCCAGCAAGCCCCCAGGCCAGCCAGCUACGGACACGCAUGGUUCGGGGCACAAGGGGGCCUGUCUGGGAGGAGGCACUCAUGGCUUCACCCUCCAGGACACCCGGCGCAACACCCUGUGGCUGUGCGUCUGGGAGGACCCACAGCUGCAGCAACGGCGGCGGGCGCCUCCCCUGCGGGAGCGGCGGGUGCCCCUGGGGAAGCUGGUGCCCAACCAAGCCAGGAGCUUCGAUGUGUGUCUGGAGAGGCGGAGGCUGGUGGAGGCUGAGGUAGCUGGGGAGGAGCGUGGGCUCGUCCUGCUGUCACUGUGCUACAGCUCUCAGCGGGGCAGCCUGCUGGUGGGUGUGCUGCGCUGUGCCCCCCUCGCCCCCAUGGAUGCCAACGGCUACUCGGACCCCUUCGUCCGCCUUUACCUGCAUCCGAAUGGAGGGAAGAAAUCGAAAUAUAAGACCAGUGUUCAGAAGAAGACCCUGAACCCUGAGUUCAACAAGGAAUUCUUCUGCACAGGCCCACGGGAGGAGCUGGUGCAGAAGACACUGCUGGUGUCUGUGUGGGAUUAUGACCUGGGCACAGCUGACGACUUCACUGGCGGGGUGCAGCUGAGUAGCCAGGCCAGCGGGGAGCACCAGCAGCACUGGCGCGAAGGGCUGGGCCGCACUGACCACCAGCUGGAGCCGUGGCACCCGCUGGACGGUGCGCGCUCCAGCUCAGCGAGUAGCGGGGCCGCCCGGCCUGGCCCUGCUCACCGCCCGUCCCCGAAACUGACCCGCGGCCGCCUCCAUGGAGCUGCGAGGACCUGGGGCUGCCUCACCCACCAUGUCCACCCCUAGUCAAUUGCUUCCUUCCUUCCCCCCUUUCAAAUUCACCCCACUGCCAAAUCAUGAAGCAAGAAUAAACCUCUCCUCCAAACCAGACCGGACAGCCGGUUCUUUCCCUGCCCAUCGCCUCACAGGGCAGACUGGGCCCUGUCCUCCUUGCUCCCAUCCUCCAGAGGCCUUCACUGGGCCAGGCCCAGGUCUGCACCCCAGGCCACAGUUUCCCCCUCCCCACCCGUUUCUUGCACUGAGGGGUCAAUGCUCAGGAUGGUCUAUGACAGACUGACGCACAGGAGGCCAAGUGUAAAUUCACAACGAAACCUUGUGCUGACCUAUCCCUCCCAAACCUCCACCUCCGUCUGGG